ACCCUGGCUUCACCGGCUUCUUUCACCGCCACCGCUGGCCAUCGUCGGAGGCGAUCGUCCGCCGCGAGAAACGUACCUCCUUCUCUCAAUCUCCCCGAUAACACCAAUUCGCGAUCUCGAUUCGGAACCACCAGCGGCGUAGCUGGCGGCAGUUUGGGGGAGGGUCUCGCUACUAUUCCAGGCACACCAGGCCUAUCUACAAUACCAGGCACUCCGGGCAUUCAGAACGACAUGUCUCGAACACCAUCUCCCCGACCUGGCGGUUGGUCGAGUCCCGGCCUCAGCACCCCGUACGAUUCGAGCGGACGGGCGAGUCCCUACGGCAAUGGGGGAGCACACAACGUAACUUGGGCCUCAGCCCAGGCGAGGAGCGCAGAAGUGAAGGGAUACGCCGCAUUCACACCCCGGAACCAGGGCUUCUUUGGAAAGCACUUCCGGAAAAUUUCUACCAGCUUGCCCUUCAGCCAUAGCGCCGAGAAGGAGAAGAUGAGCCGGGGGCACCACAAAGGACACCCGGCAUUGCAGAUUCUGAACAGGAUCGGACGGAACCUGUGGCGUCUGAGACGCUCAGUUGGAUUGGUGCUGCUGGUAGUGGUCAGCAUAAUACUUUUCUAUGUUACACCUUUGCAUCGCAUAUUUAGGAGAUCAUCCAUCUUCGGCGGCGGAAACAAAUUCGUAAUCAUCCUCGCCGCCAAUCAGGGUGGUGGUGUGAUGGAGUGGAAGGGACCCCGAGAGUGGGCAAUUGAGAGAGACAGUGUGAAGAACAAGAAGAAGUACACUCAGCGAUGGGGAUAUGAUUUGGAGAUUGUUGAUAUGAGCACGAAGAAGCGCUAUGCUCACGAGUGGAGGGAGAGCUGGGAGAAGGUGGACACUAUCAAGAAUGCCAUGCGCAAGUACCCGCAUGCCGAAUGGUUCUGGUGGUUGGAUACGAACACCUUCAUCAUGGAGCCCGGAUACUCCCUGCAAAAGCACAUCUUCAAUAAUCUGAAGGACAUCACGUACCGGGACAUCAACCACUACAACCCUCUCAACAUCUCUCACCCCCCGACGGACCCAUACCUGGACCCAGAGAGCCUCUCUCCCGUUGGUGAUGGACGAAGCGACUCUAUAAAUUUGAUCGUGCCACAAGACUGCGGCGGCUUCAACCUGGGCUCUUUCUUCGUUCGCCGGAGCAUCUGGACGGAUCGUCUACUAGACAUCUGGUGGGAUCCCGUUGGCUAUGAACAAAAGCACAUGGAAUGGGAGCACAAGGAACAAGAUGCAUUGGAGUACAUGUACACCAACCAGCCAUGGAUUCGAUCCCACGUCGCAUUCAUCCACCAGCGCAAGGUCAACAGCUUCCCUCCAGGAGCUUGCGGAGACAAAGGAGACGACCCGAAGAUCCACUACCAGGAACGAGACCGCGACUUCCUCGUCAACAUGGCUGGAUGUGAGUGGGGACGUGACUGCUGGGCCGAGAUGUACAACUAUCGUCAAUUGAGCAACAGGCUCAACCGAAACCCCUGGGAGAAGUUCAAAGACGGGAUCAGUGAUUCAUUCAAAGCAAUGAAGAGCAAGAAGAAGGAAAAGGAAAAGAAGAAGGAGAAGGAGAACAAGGAUGGAAAGGGCAAGGGCGAAAAGAAUGAGAAGAGGAAUAAGAAGUGGUAA